AUGGGCUCUUUUAUGCCAGAGAGAUUCGACUUUAUCGUCGUCGGCGCCGGCGCCGCAGGAGCCAUCCUCGCGGCUCGCCUGGUAAACAGCAAACAACGACCUUCGGUCCUUCUCGUCGAGGCUGGAGGUAAGAAUGACUCGAAGGAUACCCGUGCCGACGCAGACAGAUGGAUUCAUCGAAUGAUCCCCUCGCAGAAUUGGGGUUAUAAGACGGCACCCAUCAAAGGGUUCGAUGGAAACAUUGUUGACUACGAUCGUGGCAAAGGCCUUGGAGGAAGCACCAGCAUCAACUUUUCCGUCUGGACUAUUGGCCCGAAGGACGACCACGAUCAGAUUGCACACCUCGUCGGCGACGACGAAUGGAGCUGGACCAACGCCCAGAAGAGAUAUAAACGGAUUGAGUCCUAUUCCACAGCUGAUGUACCUGCUGAUGCUCGGCGGUACCUUGAUCCUAAUCCGAAAGACCAUGGGUCCGCUGGCCCCGUCAAAGUCGGCUUUCCCAAGGUCUGGGAGCCUUCCUGCACGGCACUGAUGGACAUCUGGUACGCCAACGGCGUCAGUUUCAAUCCAGACCACAAUGACGGAAAUCCAAUCGGCCUUGCUGCGUGCGUUACAAGCGCACAAAAAGGAGUAAGAUCGACAUCAGCAGACGCGUUGGCCGGAGCACCCAGUAACUUACACAUCCUGGUCGAUACCGAAGUGGCUCAGGUGACUUUCGAUGGUACCAAGGCGACCGGUAUCAAAACCCUCGAAGGGCGCAUAUUCCAGGCUGACAAAGAAGUCAUCUUGGCUUCUGGCGCCCUUGACUCUCCAAGGAUCCUUUUGCAUUCCGGCAUUGGCCCUGUGGAGGAACUCCAAAGGUUCAACAUUCCCAUCGUCAAAGGCAACGAAAACGUCGGAAGGAACCUCAAGGAUCACCAUCAUAUCAUGAUUCCGGCCCUCCGAGCGGACCACACGAGCGACAGAACCCGUUUCUACAGAAGCAAGGAGCUUCAAGCCGCAGCCCGAGCUGCGUGGGCGAAAGACGGCAGCGGGCCAUUUUCGGAGUACAGUUGCGCCAUGGGCAUUGGGUAUUUCAAGGCGGAGAAGUUGUAUGACAGCCCCGAGUUCAAAGCUCUCCCACAACAACAGCAAGAUUUCCUGCGGGAGCCGACAGUUCCUCACUACGAGGUGAUCCUCAAUGGGCCAUGGCUUCCCAAUUUCAUCGACCCAGAGAACGCCCAAGCCGGAACCACAAUAUUUCUGUUUGUUCUCAACCAGCAAUCGACAGGAGCCACGAGACUUCAGUCGGCUGAUCCCAAGCAGCCACUUGUCUUCGACCCCAACUUCUUCGACCACCCUUUUGACAAAAGAGUGGCAGUGGAGGCUACACGAGAGGUCCUCAAAAUCAUGAACAGCCCCGAGUUCCAGAAAGACACUCUGGGUAUCGAUGGCCCCAAGAGUGACUCGGAGGAUGAUAUCCUGGCCUUUUGGCGUGCGAACAGCGGUUCGACGUGGCACAUGAUGGGGACGGCGAGGAUGGGCAAGGAAGAAGCCACCGCCGUCGUGGACAAAGAUUUCAAGGUGUUUGGUGUGGAGAAGCUCAGAGUGGCUGAUAUGAGUGUCAUUCCUAUCGUCUGCAACAACCACACUCAGACCACGGCGUACCUCGCUGGGCUGACUGCUGGCGACAAGCUAGCUCAAGAAUAUGGACUUGACGGCUAA